AUGGUGACUUUGGCUGCGCUUUUCAUGGUGGUGCCGCCAUUGCUACUUGACGGCUCUUUGCUGCGAUGGCACUGGUCGAGCUUGCUCUGGGCAUCUCUGCUGCUGAGCAUUGUGUGGACGUUGCUGCUGUUUGCAGGCUACCUCUUGGCCUGCCACGUCGCACAUGUCAAGUCGACACAGCGCCAGCGUCUCUCCCCGGGCGGCCUUGGAUCUCUGCCGCGCCUGGCAUUCUUAAGCCAGGCAGCAUGGUCAGCACAACGGACACGGUUGCAAUGGGCUCGCGAACCACACGGCACCUCCGGCUCGGCUCGGAAAGGCUCCGACUCUGCUCCCGUGGCGCGAGUGAUAGACCAAGUGGUGCAGCUGAUCCUUCGAGACUUUGUCUGCAAAUGGCAUACUCCUCUAGCUACUGGCUCGCUCGAGCCAUGCCGUGAGGAUGCUGCGCCCGAAUUCGUGCAGGCAGUUGAGCAGACGAUUCGCGCUGCACUCGACAAGCUUGUUUCCCACGCCACACGGAUCGAUCUUGCCGACCUUGUGGUCCGUCGGCUGAUUCCCAAGAUCACUGCCCAUCUUGAAUCCUUUCGAAGGGCUCAAGCCGACUUUCGCGGCUCCUCCGAACACGCUCAGCUCACCAGCUUCGGAAGCGAUCAGACGGACCUCUUCCUAGCCAGAAAGUUCGAGAAUGGUCGUCUCCAUCCAGCGGUGGGAGAUAUGAGCAGUCUCCAUACCAAGCCCGCUGAGCAAGCUUUCCUCCGAUCCAUCAGCUCUCGCCUCCUUCAUGCUCUCUUGCCCUAUCCUGAAAGCGAGAGCACCUCGGUUGCCAUCAUCGUUCGCGAGUUGCUCAGUUGCACAAUCCUCUUUGCUACCAUCGAGUCCAUCAGCGACCCUGACUUCUGCAACCAUCUCCUCGAGCAAAAGGCUGGUGCCGUCAUUCACGAGCAGAUCCUCGUCAGCAGGCUGCGUGAUGCUCUCGACAGGCAAGAAUCGCUAUCGACCGCAAAGCCGCGCCAAGCAGCAAGCGUGCCCUUCGUAGACAUUGAUGCCAAAAACCUCCUUCCAUGGACACAUGCCACCAAGAAGCCAGAUCAAAAGUCUUUCGACGCAUUUCUACGUUCCAUCCGACAUGCUACUUCGCUCCUUGAAGUUCGCAGAACCAAGAAUGACAUUGCUGUCCAAAUCAGAAAGACAAAAACAAACCUAGAACGCUUGUCAGACGUGUCCUCCAACUCUUCCCGAGCAAAGCUCCAGUCAUAUCUGCAUCGUCUCGAGUCCGCUUAUGCUGCUGCUGAGCACAAGAUCGCCCAGCUUGGAUCUGACAAGCGUCUUCCUGCCCUCUCGGCCAAAGCUUCCGCCGGUGCAGAUCCGAAUGCUUCUCGUGUCAAGCUGCACGAUAUCCUGCUCAACCCCUCCAGCCUUUCCUUCUUGAUGGAGUUCAUGGACCGCCGUAAGAGAUCCAUCUUGGUACAGUUCUGGCUUCUCGUCGAGUCUUUUAAGAACCCUCUCGAAGACCUAGACGCCGACCCAGCUGCUGAACGUGAACAGCUCAACGCCGCUGCCAAGGCUCCACCGCCUUCUCUUUCGGCCAUCCAGACUCUUAAGGAAGCCCUUCGCAUGUUCGACAGUGUUUACUACUCCUCGCCUGCUAUCAAGGUUUCUAGAUUGUACGUUGACAGCGCAAAGCAGUUCCUCAAGUCCUCCGAUGAUGCUCCUAUCACAGCACUACAGGUCUCGCGCGUCAGACGAGAUGUGUUACGAGCUCAGAGACAAGUGUACGACGAGAUGGAGGAGCAAGAUUGGCCAAGCUUCCGCCAGAGCGAGCUUUUCCUCAAGGCAGCACAGGAUCUGCUUCCAAAUCCUCAUCUUGCUGCAGGUCUCGCCUCGAGUGUCGCAUCGCUCGGUGCAGACAUGCAACCGUUUGUGCAAUCCAAGGACGCGGAUGUGCGCCAAGCCCCGCAGCGUCCACCUGCUCGCCCAGCGAAGCCAAAUGUCGAACAUGCAGACCUCUUUGGCACAGACAAGCCUAGGGGAUCAGAACCAAAGCACGCCGAUCUCUUCGGCGAUUCCCUCAACGGCAGCAGAUCAAAAGCGAGCGCCAAGUCAGACAAUCUUGACAUUCUCAUCGGUGGACGAACACAGCACGCAGGUCCCGAUGGAAGGACGCCUCUUUUCAGAGAGGAUCCUCUGUUCGACGAGAUGGAUGACAACGACGGUCAAACCGACCACCAAGACCACCAAGGCGACAACAGCUCUGACUUUAUCCACGUUGAGAAGAUGGACGAACUACAAAGCGUGCUUCAGAGCAUCAUUGAUGACGACCUGGACAAGACACGAAAGCGUCCGAAUGGCCUCGCCUCCCUCGCUGCCAAUUCUGGCAACAAGAUCCGACGCGUGAGCGACCAAGAAGUACAUCCCCAAUCGUCAGGCUCAAACUCUCCCAGCCAGCCGAACACGCCAGGCGCUUCCAACGUCCGACUUGUCGCUGAGGACAGCGUAUCGAAUGGCGCAUUUACCGCUCUGCCUGGCUUCAAUCUGCGGCAGGAGAUUCAAAAGAUGGAUGCCCAACUAGAGAAGCUCGAGGCACAAGCCGACAUCUUGGAUGCCCUUGCAAGGAAAGCCGAGCUCACCGGUGCCAGAAGUGGCGAGAUGCGCCUUCUUGCCCAAUCCAUACAAGCAGUGCAAAGAGAAGCGCGAGAGAUUCGCUGGCAGCGCAGUCAACUCGAACAGCAAAUGGCCGCCACUCAGCUCGUACCGGGUCACACAAAGGUCUCCAUACAGGGCACAAUGAUCUCGGUCGAUCAAGAGGGCAAGGAGUACGCAGUCUAUCUCAUCGAAGUUGGCAUUUUGGAGCAGGAGGAGAGCAAGCCCGGCGGCUACGCGAGAGGUAAGGAAGCUGUCGUCCCAACAGCACGAGGCUGGAUUGUCGGGAGAAGAUAUUCAGAGUUCUGGUCUUUGCAUCAAGCGUUGAAGGAACGCUUCGCUGAGGUACGGGCGCUUGAGUCCGAUUUUCCGGGUAAGAGGCUGGUCGGUCUGGUCCACGCCCCUUUUGUUGACGCGAGAAAGGCAGCGUUGGAGAAGUACUUGCAAGCUCUUGUCAAGCUCAAAAUGGCCUGCCAAAGCGAGGAGCUCCGUCUUUUCCUGUCCCAGACGCCCACGUCAGCUAUACCGAGCCUGAUCUCGCGUGCUUCUGACGACGCUGUUACCUCUCCGUCGCUCGGCAGCUCGAGUGCAGCUACGCCAGGCAAGCAGUCAUCCGCCGCAUUCCGCGGCGGUGGUUUGGUCAAGACCUUAUUCAAAGGCGUGACUGGAGUUGCCGAAGGGCUUGACGACCUGAUCGGCAUGGGACCCUCGAUGCUCGACGUCGUCGUCCAACGUCUCUCAACGCAAAUACAGACCAAAUCCGGAGCAAGGCUAGUGCAAGGCAUCGCUGACAUCGACACGGUCUCCCAAGCGAUGGACAAAGAUGCUACCCCCGCCGAACUUCGCGAAGCUGCGGGAGCAGGCACUACCUACUGGACCGAACCCAUCUGUGAUCUCUUUACCGAAUUAUUCGAGCUGCAUGAAAAGAACAACUGGCUUCGACGUCAAGCCAUCGUGAUUCUUCUACAGCAACUGUUUGGCUCAACAGUCGAACGGAAAAUCCGGGAAACCUUGUCGAUGGCUCUCUCGCCUCCAUCUAUCACCUCUUACCUAACAGCAUUCAAGGCAAGUCUUUGGCCCAACGGAGUACUUAAAGAGCCGACGCCGCCAAGGACGGCUGCAGAGAAAGAUGCAUUGCGAGAGAAUGCUAAUGCUAAGCUGGCCACUUUAAUACCAGAGCUGGCUGCCAACUUUGUGGGAAGGGAAAAUGCAAGGAAGGGGACAAGAAGGGUGUUUGCAGCUUUACAGAAUAAGAGACUCAACAAGCAUUUGAUUUACGGGUUGCUGGAUGUUGUGGUGCAAGAGGUGCUUGCUGUUGCAUCCAUGACGGAUUGA